CUUCGUUGCUCACGUGUUUAUGCCGCUUGAUUUUCUUCCGGCCACGGCGCCCGCAGCGGCGGCGGCGGAGCUUCUGCACCCGGCCUGCCGCGGCGGUACGGGGCGAGGAGAGGCGCUUGCACCGCGCCGCGCCGCUGGGCGACCUCUGCUUUUCGAGGCGCUUCUCUCGGCGACUGCGAAGGGUGCGGUCACGCCAGGGGUGUGGUUUGCGAUCGGCGCCGUUGGGUCUUGGGGGGCACCACGUUGCCCUCGUCGGGCCUCCUCGGGGCGUGGCGGAGAGCUCCGUCGAGGUCCUCGCCCACCCCCCCCUCCCCAGGCGCGGGGUGCAAACCACAUCCUUCGCAAAGCACGCCCUUCGGAGUCGCCGAUUCUCUUCGGGAUGCGGCCGGGGAAGCACGCCGCAUAAGCUGGCGGCAGCGUGAGAAAUUAUGCUUCGGGAGCCCUCGCGUUCUCGUCGGCGCUGCUUCUGAUGUUCCUGGCGCGCGGCCAGUGGGAAGCAAUGGGCGCCAAGGCCAAGGCAACGAAGGUGCAUCCUGACAGCAGCAAGGUGAAGGUCAGAGUGAAGAAAAAAGCGCAGCAUUCAAGGGACACUGAUUCAGGAGUAGACAGCCCUGUAGUAACGGUCUUGGAGUACAGCGCGGAUAUAGACCCAGACCAGCUGGAGCAACUGAACACCGAGCGGAAGCGCGCCCUAGAAGAGCUGAAAGGUACACUCAAACAUAACAUCAAAGAGUUACUCAAAGACGAUAUGGGCAUCUUAUGGAAGAGUGAGUUUGAAAACCGCGUCCCAGUGUUUCAGCAGUGGUAUUUCAGAUACCAAACGCAGUACGAUCUGAUGGGUAAAGGGGUGCGCUCGUUUUUGGCUCACUCUAUGGCAUUCAAUCGUCCCAUGGAAAGUGUUAGUGAUCUGGUUAUGCUGGACAUGCAGAUCUACAUUGAGAAGAAAUAUGAGCUCCUGAUUCUGCAGCCAGAGAUAUCCGAUUGGAAGAUUCGCAAGGUGCUGCAGAAAGCGUACAAGCAAUUGGAGAGCGAGUACGUACAGGGAGUUCAGGAGGUCAACUCACAGUUCAGGAGGGGUGUAUUCGAGAAGUGCGGGAAACUGAUCCCGGUAGCUGGCGAAGAUGAGUUGGAGAUUGUUCUGGAUGGUGUGAAAUUGGACUGGGAGGCUCAGCUGAACAAAGUGAAACACAUCUCAGGACAGUUCGAGCGAUCGCCCAAACUGCUCGCCCUUUUGAGUGGGGCCGUCAGCUCCAAGGCUAGCUCCACCGCCGUAGCCGCUGGCACAGCGGCAGCCACGGGCGCCGCUGGAAGCGUGGCCGCCAAGACUGCGGCGGGAAGCGCUACGGUUGCAGCCAAGGUCGUCGCGCCUGCCGCCUCCAAGGCUCUGGCCUCAAAGCUGGCUACACCUUUCCUGGCGAAGUUGACAGCAUUUCUUGCCGGUCCUCCUACCGGUGUUGCCGUUGCCGUGGUGGUAGACUGUCUCCUUUCGAAGGGCCUGGCCUUCAUGAGCGCAGACGACUUCCGCGCAGAAGUUGGCCGCAUCUUAGAAGCGACGAGAGAAGAGUACCUUGAGGCGUGCUAUGUCGAGCUCGACCGCGUUGUGGACGAGGAGUUAUUCAACCGAGAACCUUAGCAGGAUAAGCUGCUUUGUGGUGUCCGUUCAGCCAAAUCUGCUUUGCUGCUGUCUUCUGGGCAACACCUUGGUUUAUUGUAUUGGAGACGUCUGCGUCUUUUGUGCAUUAUGUUUGUGCGUUUGCGUCAGAAUCUAUGAUGGGGAAUCAAUGAUCUUCUACAGCAAUGCCUGCAUAUGUAUGUUCAAGCUCCCUGUGUGUAGGAAGCGGGAUCUAGCCACUCCCCCCAGUCAUCAUCUUGCCCUUGCACAGCGUUAGGCAUUUCGAUGGAUUGAUUUGGUCAUUCCAAUCGAACCCGAGGG